AGAUGUGUUUAAUUUGAAUUCAAUGAUAAAUUAUCUUAAGUGGAGAUGAUCAGUCAACCUAUAUUACUAAUUGAGUUCAGAUUUAAGUAUGGGAGAAAGAAAAUUCACCAAAGGCUUAGGGCGGCCAGGAAUGGCAGCUCAACUUCGAGAAACUGUAUCUCAAGUUGUCCGUGAUAGUUCAAAUAACCAAAAAUGUUUUCAAGUAGAUCCAUUAGACUUUGAAGACUAUAUUGCUAAGAAUCAUACAGUUUUUCAAAAUGAUCCUCAAAGAGAAUUAUUACUUUAUCCUUCUGACGAUGUUUCACAAGUGGUUUUACCAAGAAGAUAUCGUACUAUGGAUCCCAGUAUUCCUUCUAACGCAGACACAACAAAUUGCUCACUUUUAACAAAAAGAUGUAUAGAAAGUUACUUAGCUAACUGGAAUGUUAUACACUAUAAAUAUAGUGCAUAUUCAGGAUCAUAUAUUCAAUUUCCAUCAGAGGUAUUCAAAAAUGACGAUUUCAAAGAAGAAAUUUAUGAGAUUGAUACAGACCUAGAUGGAUUAGAUAAAGAAUGGAAAACAAUAAAAAAUGAUAGUGCUUUAUUCAAACAAGGGUAUUUAUAUAAAGGUCCUGAUGGUGGUGGUGGUGCUUCAGAACGAAUGUUUGCUAAUUUAGCUGGUUCAAAAUCAUUCAAACGACGUUUUUGUAUAUUGAAACAACAAGUGGAUGGAACAUAUAUAUUAGAGGUUUAUAAGGAUGAUAAAAAAGGUGAUACUAAAGCAACAAUUGUUAUGGAUUUGUGCGACAAAGUAAUUCGGAAUAGUAAAAAAGGCCGAUUUUGUUUUGAAUUACGGAUGGCUGAUACCGAUAAAAGCUAUUGUUUAGCUACAGAUACAGAGCCUGAACUUAUGGAUUGGAUGAUCAAAUUACAAUUAGCAUUGCAGCACAAUAGUGACAAACGAGAAGACAAAAUAACAGAAAAUAAUAAAGAAAUCACUCCUAGUGACAAGAACAUAUCGAGUAUACCAUCUAAUGAUAGUUUUGGUACAUUAAAAGGCUUAGAACAUAGUGUAAAUCCUCAAUUGAUGAGAUACGCUAGAGAAACUGAUUCGUUAAAUGCACAUGCACGUCAAGAAAAUAGAAGAAGACUUUUUGCUGUUUAUCCAUUUUUACAACAACCUAGUAGUUAUAUUAGACAAGAUGUUUUAAAUCAACCAGCUGAUAGUAUAUCAGAGCCAUACAAAGAAAAGUUUGGUCAGAGAGUUCUAAUUGAAUGCCAAGCAUUGAGCUUUCGAUUACAAAUAAACAAUGAGGAAAACGAUGGUUCAAAUCAAGUUGAACCAUAUUUUACAACAAUGGCAUUAUUUGAUAUACGCGCUGGUAAAAAAAUAUCGGAGGAUUUCCAUUUUGAUAUUAACCACGACAGUAUGAAAAAUCUACUUAAUCAUGAUAAUCAAAUUGAUGGUCAUAAGUUUAUCGAGAUAUCAAAAAAUUGUAAAGUGACGAAGAAUUGGUUAUUUAAGCAAAAACAAGCAAUAAUGUGUAUAUCAAAACCCCAUUCAGAUAUAUUCUUAGUUUUAAGAAUAGAUAAAGUACUUCAGGGUGGUAUAGUACGUGUUUCUGAACCAUAUAUUAAAGCAACAACAAAUAAUAAAGAUAAUGGUUUAAAAGUAUUCAAAGCCGUUAAAAAUAUUUGUCAUAGGUUAAGUAAUUACCGAAUGCCAUUCGCUUGGUCUGCUCGACCUUUGUUUCGAUUAUAUAGUUGUGAACUAGAUAUAUCCUCCGAUUACAUGACCUUGUAUAGGCAGGAACUUUCUAAGCUAGGAGAUGAUGAUAUGGUGAAAAUACUAAUGGAAUAUCGCAAACCUGAAAAAAUGAACAAAUGUGUUAUAAUUCCUGGUCAUGUCCAAAUAAAAAUUCAACAGUUGACCAGUACUCCAGAAAAUGUAUUGACUACAUGUUGGACUGCAGUUAAACCUUUUCCUAUUCCUCCUAGUCGAGAUCAUCCAAUCAUUGAAAUUACAGAGUUAUAUCCAGAUGCACAUCCUCAAACAACUUAUAUUAAUCACAUAUAUGUGUAUCCGCUGUCUUUGGCAUUCGAUACACAAAAGCAUAUUCCUCGAGCUCGAAACAUUACGUGUAUGGUUCAACUAUUUGAUAGUGAUAAUAUUGACUCUAAGCCUAUUAAGUGCAUUUAUGGGACACAUGGUCAAUUAUUGAGUUCUAUGUGUACUAAUGUUUUAUACCAUAGUACAAACCCAAUUUGGUAUGAUGAAAUUAAAAUAAGAUUACCAGUGCACAUAACUCCAAAACACCAUCUAUUGUUUACUUUUAAGCAUAUUUCGGUAGAUGGUUCACGUAAAAAACAAUCAAAUAUUUCAGUAGAAACAAUAGUAGGAUACUCAUGGCUACCUCUUAUCUUCAAAUCCAAAAUCAACGUGGAUGCCAAAUUUUUACCUGUAUCUGUAGGUUUACCAGCAGGGUAUUUAUCAGUACAGCCAUUUGGUCUUGGAAAAGGAUAUUGUGGACCGGAAGUGUGUUGGAUAGACGGACAAAAGCCUUUAUUUUCAUUCAAGUGCCAUUUGUUAUCCAGUAUAUAUUCAUCAGAUAACCAUAUGCAAAACCUUUUUGCACAUGCAGAACGUCUAGAACAUAGUAAAAUAACCACCAUUAUACCUCCUGAAACAGAAACAUGUAAAAUAUUAAAAGCAUCGCAUGCAAUUGAUUUGAUUUCUGUAAUCAACUUUUUACCAACAUUAUUCAAUCAGUUAUUUAAUUUGCUGGCAUUUACGUCUUGCACUAAUAUUGCAAGCAAUAUAAUUAGGUUAUUGGUUCAUAUAGUAGAUUCAAUUCAAGAAUCUGGUAGAUGUGACACAUUAAACAUUUACAUUAAGUAUGUUUUUACUACUCCAGCCACAAAUACACCUAAUAACACUGUGCAUGAUCAACUCCUUGCUCAUUUACCAAGUUUACUUAACCCAGAUAACACAGAUUUUUUAUUAAUCAAUAAAUUUCUAAUCAACUCAAACUUUUUCUUUCAAAUUGUGAUAAAGAGUAUGGGACAAUAUUUAUUGACAUCAAACAGAAUUAAGAUGCGUCGUAAUGAAAGGUUUUCUUCAGAAUAUCAGUCUCGUGUUCAUCAUAUGUUAAUAGACGUUCUAUUGCCGUAUGUCACGCUUAAACACAAAGAAAUGCCAUCACAAGUCGCCAAGUUGAAUAUGGCUGCAGCUCAUUUCUUAAAGAAAUGUCUGACGUUUAUGGACCGAGGAUUCGUAUUUCGACUAAUAAAUUUAUAUAUUAACAGCUUGUCGACUUGUGAUUCAACUUUUGUUAGAAGUGCAAAAUUAUUAUUCAUGAAGAUAGUUAUAUCACAUGAACAUUACGUCUCAUUUAAUUUACCUGUCCAAAACGGACAAACGCCACAAGGAUGGUCACCACAUUCUCAAUACUAUAUGUCGGAUGAAUAUUGUCGUCAUCAUUUCUUGACAGCAAUAUUGUUGCGUGAAGUUUCAAAUUCGUUUUGCUUGCCGUACGAAUACCGUCAUUCAGCUAUCGCGUGUUUUCGUGAUUUACUUGCCAAACAUGAACUUGAUGAUCGAUAUCAAUCGAAGGGACAAAUGGCCCGAAUCGCGUCACUAUAUUUACCCUGGCUUGGAGUUGUUAUAGAAAACAUUGGACGUUUAGAUUAUAGAAAACGAAUAAUUAAUCAGGUCAAACGUCCUGUACAUUUAUCUUCACCAAGACCCAAAAACCUUACUAAUGAUAUUGGUCCAAGAAUGUCUUUGAACUUGAGAGAUUCUACAUACUUUGCAGCUAUUGCUAGUCACUUAACGCCGUCUAAAAAGUUAAUCAACCUGGAUCAUCAGCAACAAGAUAAACUGAUUAAAACAGAUUCUAAUUUAAGUAUAAAUUCCUGUGCUUCCAAUUUAUCUUCUCCUGAUCGAACAAAUUCUUUGUCAAUGUUUUCACAAGAAACGGCUGUUAGAAGAAAUUCUUAUGUGUCUGAAUCGGAUGUUCCAAAUAGAAAUCGUCAUUCUAGAUCUGUUAGUGGCACACAGACGUUUCACAUUACUACAGACACUUCAGUAAAUGUAGUAAGCAAAUUGGAACCCGCCGAAGUCAAAGAUGUCCUUGUGUGUUUUUUGUUUGUUUUAAAAUAUUCAUCCCAAGAUCAAUUAAUAUCCUGGUGGCGUUACUGUACGGAACAAGAGAUUGUGGCAUUUUUUAAAAUUAUUGAGUUAAGUUUACAAGAGUUUCGGUAUAUGGGACGUCGAUACAUAAUGGAAGAAACAUUAGCUGCAAAUAACCGAGAUAAUGCACAACCAACUUCUACUACUACUACAAAGAAAUCUAUGACAUUACCUGCCCGAAUGCAACCACCAUCUGAAUUUAAUGUGGAUUCAACAGCUAAUUUAAAUUGCCAAACACAAAUAUCUCAAUUAACACCUCCCAUAUUAAGUAGCAAUGGUACAGGCAGCAUUGGUAGAGUGGAAAAUUCAAAAAAAGAUAACUCGACUAGUGAUGAUAACAUGGCAUUUCGAGUACAGAGUGAAGCCAAUCUUACUGCAGAAGUGGGUUUAGUUGUCCUUGAUGCUCUUUCAUCUUAUUGUGUACAUUUUAAGGAUACUUUAAUGGCGUACAAUGGUGAAAAUGACAUAAUGGAGAGUGUUUUUUCCACUCUCAUAGCGUUUUUAUGCAUUCCACAAUCUACAUUAGUCUGUGGACAUGUGUUUGCUACUCUAAGAUCGUUCAUUAAUAACUUUUCUUGUGUAUUGUUUAAAGGUACUGCUCAUUUAGUUGGCAAACUUUGCUCCCAAUUAUUAAAUGGAUGUAAUAGUCGGUCUUCUAAAGUACGACAAGAAUCCUGUGCUGCUCUUUAUCUAUUAAUGCGAAGUAAUUUUGAACUUUCUUCAUCAAACAUUACCAGAGUUCAUUUGCAAACUGUCAUUGCCGUGUCACAGUUGUUAGGCGACUUGACGUCUGCAGGUCUCAAUAACUCACGUUUUCAAGAAAGUCUUUCAUUAAUCAACAGCUACGCCAAUAGUGAUAAAGUAAUGAAAAAUACUGGGUUUCCAAUGCAAGUGAAGGACUUAACAAGACGCGUGAGGACUGUGUUGAUGGCGACUGCUCGUAUGAAAGACCUGAACCACGACCCCGAAAUGUUGGCCGAUCUCCAACACAGUUUGGCGAACUCGUAUGCGUCAACGCCCGAAUUGCGUUUAACUUGGUUACAAACCAUGGCUCGAAAUCAUGAUGACAACGGAGACUUUUCAGAGGCCGCCUGUUGUAGGCUCCACAUCGCAGCGCUCGUAGCGCAGUACCGGAAACUAAAGGGAACGCAGGGAUGGGGUGCCGAAGCGUUCGGGAAAAUAUCGUCGAAUAUUGCCAGGGACGAGACUGGCCUGCAGUUGGACUCCGGCGGAGGCAGUGUGGCGGCAAAUGACACGCUGUACGGUGAGCAGGCCUUGCUGGAGCGGCUGGAAGCGUGCGCUAUCAGUCUACGCCGGGCCGAGCUGUACGAGUGUUUCGGGGAGCUGUACAAGCUGGUCAUACCUGUGUACGAGCACCGCAAAGACUACCAUGCGCUGGCUGACUGUUAUCGGACCGUCGGUAAUGCGUACGACACGGCCGUGUCAGCCCGCCAGUCGGGCCGCCGGAUGCUUGGCCGUUACUAUAGGGUCACGCUUUUCGGACAGGCAUACUUUGGUGACCAACACGGCGUUGAAUUCGUGUACAAGGAACCAAAACUAACACCUUUAUCAGACAUAUCUGAACGUUUACUGUGUCAAUACGGUGACAAAUUUGGCCGGGACAAUGUACGCAUAAUUAUGGAUUCAAGUACCAUUUCCAUAUCUGACUUGGACGCGAAAUUUGCUUAUAUACAAAUUACUCAUGUUGUGCCAUACCACGGAGAAAAAUACAUGGAAAUCGAUAACGAUUCAGUUUCUGAGUUUGAACGCAAUCAUGACAUUGAUAGUUUUGUUUUUGAAACACCGUUUACACUUGGCGGCGGUCAAUCUCAAAGUGGUCCGCGCGAUCAAUGGAAACGACAGACUAUUAUAAAAACUGAGUAUAAAUUUCCAUAUGUCAAGAAACGUUUACGGGUAUGUGCUAGACGUGAAAUAGAACAAUGUCCUAUACAAGUGGCCAUCGAUGAAAUGUGUCAGCGAGUUCGUGAAUUGAGACAAACUGUAUCUGCUCAGCCAACGGAUGUAAAAAAAUUGCAGCUACGCUUACAAGGAAGUGUUUGUGUUCAAGUCAAUGCUGGUCCUUUGGCAUAUGCUAGAGCGUUUUUGGAACCACAAGCUGUUCUUGAAUUGCAGGCCGACAAAGUUCAAGACCUCAAAGAUACAUUUAGAGAAUUUAUCAGCGCAUGUUUUGAUGCGUUGAAGUUGAAUCGAAUGUUAGUGUCUUCCGAUCAAAUUGAAUAUCAAGAUGUGAUGCAAGAAAACUUUUUGAAAAUGUGUCGAGAACUUUCCGAGUGCAUUGAAAGUGAUUCAUUGUGGAGAGACGUGUUGCAAUCUUGUACAUCUCCCGGUAAUGAUAGUCGGACACUAUUUACUGCAAUUAGUGGUGCAAGUCAAGAUUCAUCAAAUGCAUAACACUUAUAAUAAAGUUCUAAUUUAAACAAAGUAUAAUUUUUAUUCUUCAAAUUGUUACUAACCUAACCUAAUUUAAAUUAUUUCAUGUUAUUAUUAUUAUAAUUAUUACAAUAUGACUAUUAUUAUUAUUAUUAUUAUUAUUAUCACUACCGCCAUUGUAUAACUAUCGCCUCUCCAACUUUUGCCAUUGAGGCUUUGUUAUUAUUUUAAGUAUAUAAUAUAGAUAAUCUAUUUUACCUGUAAUUUGUAAGUUGUAAAUUAUUUAGACUUCUCAAAGUUAGAUUAGGCUUAUUAAGUUUAAAUAUUUUGUUCGACCAUAUUGAGUUAAUCAAAGUUAUGGAUGCAAGUAUCCUUCUGCACUAAGUUUACAAUUUUUAUCAAAUUUAAAUAUUUUAGAAUAAGAUCAAUUAAAAUUAAUUUUUAUAUUGUAUUGUAGAUAUA